AUGGUGCAACUCAGGUCUUUCCUCUCGGUCGCAGCCCUUGCACUGCCCCUCGUGGCAGCCGCCUCAGACGUCGUGAACCUGAUCCCUUCGAAUUUCGACAAGGUCGUCUUCGAGUCCAAUAAACCUGCCCUAGUCGAAUUCUUCGCACCAUGGUGCGGCCACUGCAAGAACCUUGCUCCCACCUAUGAAGAGCUGGCCUCAGCGUUCGCCGCGAGUGGCAACAAGGUUACCGUUGCAAAUGUCGACGCCGAUAAACAUAAAGAACUGGGGAAGAGAUUCGGGGUCCAGGGAUUUCCUACGCUGAAAUGGUUUGACGGCAAGCCAGGAAGCGAGCCAGAAGAUUACAAUGGGGGCCGCGAUCUUGAGAGUCUGACCAAGUUCAUUAUCGACAAAACUGGUGUCAAGGUCAAGGGUCCCAAGAAGGCUCCGAGCCACGUCGAGAUAUUGACCGAUACCACGUUCAAGGAGGAGGUUGGCGGAGACAAAGACGUGCUGGUUGCCUUUACCGCUCCUUGGUGCGGACACUGCAAAUCGCUCGCCCCAAUCUGGGAAAAGCUUGCAGAUGACUUUGCCUCCGAGUCCAACGUCCUCAUCGCCAAGGUUGAUGCCGAAGCCGAGAACUCCAAGGCCACUGCCCGAGCACAAGAAGUUACUGGCUAUCCUACCAUUAAGUUCUUUCCCAAGGGCUCCACGGAGCCUGAACAGUAUAGCGGCCCACGCAGCGAAGAGGCUCUUGUCGAUUUCGUUAACACUAAGGCUGGGACCUAUCGACUCCCCGGUGGUGGACUCAGCUCCAAAGCCGGGACCGUCGAAGCCGUUGACACUCUCCUGGCCAAAUACAUCACCGCUGGUGGUAUCAAGGACGUCGAGAAAGCGACUGUGGAAAUCAAGAAGGCCGUCAAAGGUGUGAAAGACAAAUCAGUGGACUACUAUCUGCGAGCUCUUUCCAAAUUGGGCGAGAACCCUGACUAUGCGAGGAAGGAACAGACCAGACUGGCUGGUCUAUUGAAAAAGGGAGGGCUGGCCCCGGAGAAGAUCGAUGACUUUCAGAGGCGCAGCAAUGUCCUUGCUAAGUUCUUGGUCCAGGAUGACUCCAAGAGUGAAUUGUAA